AUGACCUCACUGAAUGAAGAUGACUGCGAGAACCUUCUUGGGACGUGUAAACCCAUUAGCCACAACUCUCACAAGCACCCCCGGCGAGGAGCUUCGGCCUGUGGGGACUGCAGUCUAGAGGCAGGGGAGGAUCAGAGGGACCAGGAGUGCGUGGUCCACCUUAGAGAGGGGGAGAAGGCUCAGGAAGCUUCAGUGAUUGGCGAAGGGCUGCACAACGGGCUGCAGGAGGUCUUGUGCCCUGAAGGUCCGGACCGGAUGCUGCCACACAGGAAGACCCGUCUGCCGUGCCAGGGCCCAUGGGGGUCUGCGCUCAGUCAUCCAAGGACAACCCCUUCCCUGCCAUUCCCCUCUGUGGUGUUUUGGGGCGUUCUCCUGGGGGUUGGCUGCCUCCCUCAGCUGGCCUGGGGGGCAGAGACCUUCACCCUGGGGGUGCUGGGUCCCUGGGACUGUGACCCCAUCUUUGCCCAGGCUCUUCCCAGCGUGGCUGCCCAGCUGGCUGUGGACCGAGUCAACCAGGACUCCUCUCUAUUGCCGGGCUUGUGGCUGGCUCCCGUGGUCCUUCCCACAGGCUGCAACACUUCUCACGCCCUGGCCACAUUCCUGGCCCACGAGAACGCCGUGGCUGCUUUUGUGGGCCCUGUCAAUCCUGGUUACUGCCCAGCAGCAGCCCUGCUGGCCCAAGGCUGGGGGAAGACCCUCUUCUCCUGGGCUUGUGAAGCUCUAGAGGGAGGGGGUGAGCUGGCGCCCACCCUGCCUUCCGCUGCCCAUGUGCUGCUGUCUGUCAUGAGAUACUUUGGCUGGGCUCACUUGGCCAUUGUGUCCUCCCACCAGGACAUCUGGGUGGCCACAGCCCAGCAGCUGGCCGUGACUCUCAGGACACAUGGGCUGCCUGUAGGGCUUGUGACCUCUGUGGGACCUGGAGAACAGGGGGCCACAGAGGCCUUAAAGCAGCUGCGAAGUGUGAAUGGCCUGAAAGUUGUGGUUCUAUGCAUGCACUCGGCACUGCUGGGAGGCUCAGAGCAGACUGCCCUGCUGAGCCUCGCUUGGGCCCAGGGCCUGGCAGAUGGGAGGCUAGUCUUCCUGCCCUACGACACGCUGCUCUUCACCCUGCCCUACCGCAACCACUCCUACCCAGCCUUGGAUGACAGUGGGCCACUGCAGGAGGCUUACGAUGUGGUGCUCACCAUCAGCCUGGAGUCGGGCCCUGAAAACCAGACCUUCACUGCUGCCAGGAUGGGUGCAGAGGUGGCUGCCCACCUGGAGCCAGCCCAGGUGUCUCCACUCUUUGGAACCAUCUAUGAUGCUGUUGUACUGCUGGCCCAUGCCCUGAACCACUCUGAGAACCAUGGAACAGGGCCCCCAGGGGCUCACUUAGGGAACCACAUAGGGGCUCUUGAUGUGGCUGGCUUUGACCAGAGGAUCCGAACAGACAAGAAAGGCAGAAGGCUAGCCCGGUAUGUCAUCCUGGACACAGAUGGUCAAGGAAACCAUCUGGUCCCAACCCACAUUCUGGACACAGACACAUGGCAAGUGCAGCCCUUGGGCAAGACCAUGCACUUCCCAGGAGGGGCCCCUCCGGCCUGUGACUCCAGCUGCUGGUUUGACCCCACUACGCUAUGCAUGACAGGAGCACAGCCCCUGGGCAGCCUCCUCGCUCUGGUGCUGUCCUGUGUCAUGGUGCUGGCUGGUGGGGUCCUUGUUUACUUCUUCAGGUUGGGCAUCCAGCAGCUGCGGCUGAUAUGGGGUCCCCACCAGAUCCUGUUGACAGCCCAAGAGCUCACCUUCCUCCAACAGCCCCCAAGCAGACGGAGGCUGCAUGUGGACAGUGGAAGUGAAUCGAGAAGUGUGGCGGAUGGUGGGAGCCUGAGGUCAGUGGCCCAAGAGUCAGCAAGGAGCCUACCAGCCCCGAAAGAGCCCACCAAGGUUGCCCUGUACCAGGGAGACUGGGUAUGGUUGAAGAAGUGUGAAGCAGGCAUGACCCCUGAACUGCGCCCAGGCUGCCUCAGCCUCCUGAGAAAGAUGCGGGAGUUGAGGCAUGAGAACAUCGCCGCCUGCCUGGGCUUUUUUGUGGCCCCUGGGGUCAGUGCUCUGGUGCUGGAGUACUGCACCCGGGGCAGCCUGGAGGAUCUGCUGCAGAACGAGGCCGUGCAGCUGGACUGGACCUUCAAGGCCUCCCUGCUGCUGGAUUUGAUCCGUGGCAUGCGAUAUCUGCACCAUCAACAUUUUCCCCAUGGCCGCCUCAAGUCUCGGAACUGUGUGGUGGAUGGACGCUUUGUGCUCAAGCUCACUGACUAUGGUUAUGGGGAGCUCCUGGAGGCUCAGCGAUCACCCCAACCCCGGCCAGCUCCAGAAGAGCUGCUGUGGACGGCUCCUGAGCUGCUGCGGGGACGUGGGGGACCCGGGCCAGGAACCCUCAGAGGGGACGUGUUCAGCAUCGGCAUCAUCCUACAGGAGGUGCUGACUCGAGGCCCACCCUACUGCUCCUCAGGGCUCUCAGCGGAAGAGAUCAUUCAGAAGGUGAUGUCUCCCCCUCCCCUGUGCCGGCCGCUGGUGUCCCCUGACCACGGGCCGCCCGAGUGCAUCCAGCUGAUGAAGCAGUGCUGGCAGGAGGCUCCAGAUGACAGACCGAGCCUGGACCAGAUCUACAUCCAGUUCAAAAGCCUCAACCAAGGCAAGAAGAUCAGUGUGGCUGACUCCAUGCUGUGGAUGCUGGAGAAGUAUUCCCAGAGCCUAGAGGACCUGGUCCGGGAGCGGACGGAGGAGCUGGAGCUGGAGAGGCAGAAGACGGAGAGGCUGCUCACACAGAUGCUGCCUCUGUCUGUGGCUGAAGCUCUGAAAAUGGGGGCUGCUGUGGAACCAGAGUACUUUGACCAGGUUACGAUAUACUUCAGUGACAUUGUGGGUUUCACCACCAUCUCGGCCCUGAGUGAGCCCAUCGAGGUCGUGGGCUUGCUCAACGACCUGUACACACUGUUUGAUGCUGUUCUGGGCGGCCAUGACGUGUACAAGGUGGAGACCAUUGGUGAUGCCUACAUGGUGGCCUCAGGGCUGCCUCUGCGCAAUGGUAGCCGACACGCAGCUGAGGUUGCCAACUUGGCCCUGGAUAUCCUCAGCUCUGCGGGUGACUUCCGGAUGAGGCACGCACCUGAUGUGCCCAUUCGCAUCAGAGCUGGCCUGCACUCAGGGCCCUGUGUGGCAGGUGUUGUGGGUCUUACCAUGCCUCGGUACUGCCUCUUUGGGGACACUGUCAACACUGCCUCGAUGGAGUCCACAGGGCUGCCGUAUAGAAUUCACGUCAGCCGAAGUACUGUCCAAGCACUGCUCAGCUUGGAUGAAGGCUACAGAGUUGAGGUCAGAGGUCAGACUGAACUGAAGGGGAAGGGUGUGGAGGAGACCUACUGGCUGGUGGGGAAGGCAGGCUUCCACAGACCCCUCCCCACACCCCUGCACAUCACACCUGGCGAUCCAUGGCAUGACCUUAUAAACCAAGAAAUCAGGGUGGCCUUUGCCAAAGCCCGGCAGGCCACAGCGGGGCCCGGGAGCUCAGGAGAGGCUGAGGUCCAGCUUUGA